CACCCAAUUCUUGUUUUCCUCAAAUGAAUAAUUAAAGUGAGUGUGUUUGGUUUCGUGGGGAAUUGAGAGAGAGGGAGAGAGAAAAGCGGGGCGUUAAAAACAUGGGCUUUAAAAUCAGCUUUAAUUUCGUGGGCUCUUAUGGUAGGUGAUAGUGGAGGUGAAGAUGUGAAGAUUUUCCUUUGUUUGUGAAAGAAAGAAAGUAACUGAUGCUUGAGAUCACGUGACUGCCCUUUUCUCUGCCAUAACGAAAGAUUCUCUUUCAAAAAUGUUGUAACUUCUUUUUCAUAAACUGUGUACAUUUGCACAGUGGUGAUGGUGGUCGGUGGAAUCUGUUGUAAUGUGUUUUUAAGUCUUGUUUUUUCUCUGUUUCUUUUGUCUUUUUGUGGCUGCUUAAUUCAGUCCAUGAGUUCAAUGUUUGUUCUUGGACCUUUUGCUUGAUUGAAUUGUAAGGAAGUUAGGUGAGGGCAAAGGAAAAAGAUAAGGGUAAAUUAAAACACCAAGUACUGUUAGAGGGAGCAAAAUAAAUUAGUGUUCUUUGUAUAUUUAUGGCUUCUGGACUUUUCCAGAUAAUUUUACAGUUCUUUUAGUUUGAGCUGCGCUAAUUUUUUUGGGGUUCAAGAUUUUUCUUUUUUACCACUUGGGUUUAUGUUUUCUUUCUUUUUCCUAAAAUUUCACAAAAGGAUUUUCUCAAUUUUCCAGGAGUUUGGGGGAUGUGAUAGUCUGAUAGAGUGCAGAUCUGCUGAUAACUGUGUUCAAAAGCAGAAAUUUGCGGUGAAGAUUAAGGAACAAUUAUCAUGGAUCUUGAAUAUGGGAAGUGUUGGGAUGCUUCAAAGAAGGAUUCUUGGAAGACAAUAUUGAUUUUAGCAUAUCAAAGCCUUGGUGUAGUAUAUGGGGACCUGGGCAUUUCCCCACUGUAUGUUUACAAGAGUACAUUUGCAGAAGACAUUCAACAUUCAGAGACAAAUGAAGAAAUUUAUGGGGUUUUAUCUUUUGUCUUUUGGACUCUAACUUUGGUCCCCUUAUUCAAGUAUGUUUUUAUAGUCCUUCGAGCUGAUGACAAUGGGGAGGGUGGUACUUUUGCCUUGUAUUCAUUGAUAUGCCGACAUGCCAAAGUAAGCCUUCUGCCCAACAGACAGGCUGCUGAUGAAGCCGUCUCUACAUAUAAAAUGGAGCAACCACCAGAGAAGUACAACAGCUCGAGGGUGAAAAUCUAUCUUGAGAAGCACAAGUUCUUGCAUACUGCUUUGCUUAUCUUGGUUCUUCUUGGCACUUGUAUGGUAAUUGGAGAUGGACUUCUUACUCCAGCCAUAUCUGUUUUCUCUGCAGUGUCUGGUCUUGAGUUUUUCAUGUCCAAGGAACAUCACCACUAUGCGGUGGUUCCAAUUACUUGCAUCAUCAUAGUGUGCCUUUUUGCACUUCAACACUAUGGCACACAUCGGGUUGGGUUUCUGUUUGCACCGGUUGUGUUGAUAUGGCUACUUUGCAUAAGUGCCCUUGGCCUAUAUAAUAUUUUACACUGGAACCCUCGAAUAUAUGAAGCCCUUUCUCCAUAUUACAUGUUCAAGUUCCUGAAGAAGACAAGGAAAGGAGGGUGGAUGUCUUUGGGUGGAAUAUUGUUGUGCAUUACAGGCUCAGAGGCUAUGUUUGCUGAUCUUGGCCACUUCUCUUAUGUUGCAAUCCAGAUUGCUUUCACCCUUCUGGUUUAUCCUGCACUUAUAUUGGCGUAUAUGGGGCAAGCUGCUUACUUGUCACACCAUCAUCAAUCUAGUUACGAGAUCAGUUUCUAUGUCUCGGUUCCAGAAAGUGUAAGGUGGCCAGUGCUUAUAAUAGCCAUUCUUGCUUCAGUUGUUGGAAGCCAAGCAAUAAUAAGCGGAACAUUCUCUAUCAUUAACCAAAGCCAAUCACUUGGCUGCUUCCCAAGAGUCAAGGUUGUUCACACCUCUGACAAGAUACACGGGCAGAUAUAUAUUCCUGAAAUCAAUUGGAUGCUCAUGGUCUUGUGUAUUGCUGUGACCAUAGGAUUUAGAGACACAAAACACAUGGGAAAUGCAUCGGGAUUAGCUGUGAUGACAGUGAUGCUAGUUACCACAUGCCUCACUUCCUUGGUCAUUAUCCUUUGUUGGCACAAGCCCCCUAUAUUAGCGCUUGCUUUUCUACUCUUUUUUGGUUUCGUUGAAUUGCUUUACUUCUCAGCUUCAUUAACCAAAUUCCGGGAGGGUGCCUGGCUUCCCAUCCUCCUAGCUCUCUUCCUCACCACCAUCAUGUUUGUUUGGCAGUAUGCCACCAUUGAGAAGUAUGAAUAUGAUCUCCACAACAAAGUAUCACUAGAAUGGCUUCUAGCCCUGGGUCCAAGCUUGGGAAUUGCUCGAGUUCCUGGCAUUGGUUUGGUUUUCACUGAUCUCACCUCUGGCAUACCUGCUAACUUCUCCCGCUUCGUUACCAACCUGCCAGCCUUCCAUCGUAUCCUUGUUUUUGUGUGCGUAAAAUCUGUACCUGUUCCUUAUGUGCCUCCUGCUGAGCGGUAUCUUGUGGGCCGUGUAGGUCCUCCAGGUCAUCGGUCUUACCGCUGCAUCGUUCGAUAUGGAUACCGUGAUGUGCAUCAGGAUGUUGAUUCAUUUGAAUCUGAAUUAGUUGAUAGGCUGGCUGAUUUCAUCCGCUAUGACUGGUAUAAAACUGAUGAGACCAAUUCAUGUAUUGAGGAUGGUACAGCUCGAUCGAAUGAAUCAUCAAGUGAUUACAGAUUGGCUGUGAUUGGAACGGUGCCAUUUGCUGGCAUACCAGCUUACGAAAUUGAGGAGACAUUGCAGCCAGCAAGUGUCUCAGGUGGUUUUACUUCAGUAGAAAGCGUGACAGAUGUUAUCGAGAUGCAACCUGUUAACGUAGUUCAGAGAAGAGUAAGAUUUGCUAUCGAUGACGAGUCUGAUACAGAUGCACAUUCUGAGAUAAAUGUACAGUUGCGAGAAGAGCUAGAAGACCUGUUUGCAGCUCAACAAGCUGGUACUGCAUUUAUACUUGGACACUCACAUGUUAAAGCAAAACAAGGGUCAUCAUUCCUGAAGAGAUUGGCCAUUAACUUUGGGUAUAAUUUCUUGAGGAGAAACUGCAGGGGACCAGAUGUAGCACUGAAGGUACCGCCGGUAUCUUUACUAGAAGUUGGCAUGGUCUAUGUUGUGUAAAUUUCUCAUGCAAGUAGCUUCACCUGCUUAUAGAGAUGAACUAAACUAAGCGAGAUGUGUAGGUUAACAAGGUUCCUAGAAAUAGCACGAUGAAUAUGUAACCACAUAUAUGAUGAUAUGGGAGACUGAAAUUACUAUCGUAUAUAGAAGUGUAAAAAUCUUUCAUCUUUC